CUGAACCAUGACAAUCAAAACUGCUUUACCAGUUUAUUUUUUCUUCCACUAGUGCAUUAAAAGAAACAACUUUCAACCUGCAGACUACUUCUAUGAAACUUUCGUUUAAAAGGCUGAAAAGGGACCUGACGUCACACGACAAAGCAACUUACACCUCCCCUAGAAUAAAUAAACAAACAAAUAACUGCUUGGACAUCUCCAAAUGCCCACAUUUUGCAGAUAUCCGGGAUGGGUCGUUUCUUGAUGAAUGCAUUGCCUUCUUGUAUUAAAGAGGUCUUAUUGAACAAGUAAUGCGGGUUUAUUCAGAAUGAACGGCGGUAUCUAAGGAAAGAUAACAGAAUUACUUUUGAAUGGGUGACUUCUCUAAAGUCUUGGGCUAAACAAUUUCCUGAAGAUGUUCUGGUAAAAAACGGUUGCACAAAUGUAUCAGGAAAUGGCACUGUUAUCCGGCAGCAUGGAGCGGCAGUUUUCAGCCUACUCGUUUAACCCCCUUGAGAACAUGCAUGAGAUCCGCACAAAGAAAGGGGUCUUUUACAAAAAAGCCAAGCUUCUCAGUCAAGGGGAAGACCUCUACUGCAUAUCCCACUUGGAAGACAACAGAACAGGACAUGUGAUCAUCAAUGUGGGGGGAAUCAAGUAUAGGAUUCCCUGGACCACAUUGGAGGAGUUUCCUUUAACCAGGCUGGGGAAAUUAAAAACCUGCAACAACUACGAUGAGAUAAUGAACAUCUGCGAUGACUACGACAUGAGCUGCAACGAGUUCUUCUUUGACCGUAAUCCAUGUGCCUUCAGGACCAUCAUGACCUUCUUAGCAGCCGGGAAGCUCAGGCUCCUUCGGGAGAUGUGUGCCCUCUCCUUCCAAGAGGAGCUCCUCUACUGGGGCAUUGAGGAGAAGAACCUGGAGUGGUGCUGCCUGCGGAAACUGCGCCAGAGAGAGGAGGAGUAUGCUGAGGCCAAGAGGGAGGAGGAGGAGGUCUUUCCGGUCAUUGAAGAACCACAGAGUGCCUUCCAGGAAGAUGUCCAGAUGGGCGGCUACAUGAAGAAACUCAGGGACAUGGUGGAGAACCCCCAUUCAGGCCUCCCGGGGAAGAUCUUUGCUUGUCUCUCUGUCACCUUUGUGACCAUCACUGCUGUGACCCUGUGCAUCAGCACAAUGCCAGACCUCAGAGAAGAAGAAGAAAGGGGAGAAUGCUCCCAGAAGUGUUACAACAUCUUCAUUCUGGAGACGGUUUGUGUGGCUUGGUUUUCUCUGGAGUUCAUGCUGCGUUUUAUCCAGUCACAGAGUAAAUGCAUUUUCCUGAGGACCCCUCUCAACAUUAUUGAUGUCAUGGCCAUCCUCCCAUACUACGUUACCCUGAUUGUGGACUCCUUCUCUGUAGGGAAGAAGCCUGGUGGAUCUGGGAACAGCUACCUGGAGAAGGUGGGCCUGGUCCUUCGCGUGCUACGGGCCCUCAGGAUCCUCUAUGUGAUGAGACUAGCUCGUCACUCUCUGGGCCUCCAGACUCUAGGCCUCACAGUGCGCCGGUGCACCCGGGAAUUUGGGCUUCUUGUCCUCUUCCUGUGUGUUGCCAUGGCGCUCUUCUCUCCCUUGGUUUUCCUGGCUGAGAGUGAGAUGGGGGCAAAGCAGGAAUUCACUAGCAUCCCCGGCAGCUACUGGUGGGCCGUCAUCUCCAUGACAACUGUUGGUUAUGGUGACAUGGUCCCCCGCAGCAUCCCUGGGCAAGUGGUGGCACUUAGCAGCAUCCUAAGCGGCAUUCUGCUUAUGGCCUUCCCUGUGACCUCUAUCUUUCAUACAUUCUCCCGGUCCUACCUGGAGCUUAAAGAGCAGCAGCACAGAGCUGCCAGGCAGAAGCCUGAGGACCAUUUCAAAUCCCAGAACAGUGACGACUCCCAGGAAACAGACAGCUCCUUUCCAGUGGGGAUUAUAGAGUCUUCACUUCCCAGGAAAUCCAUGUCAGCAGCUGUGCAUAAGGACAAGGCCCAACCAAAGACCUAACGAGACAAAGGUGGCAAUCGUUUGAAUUAUAUUCUUGAACAGUAAAAUGUUCCUUAAGAUAUACCUUUCAGAACAUAAUGGAGCACUUUACUGGAGAAUACUUUGCUUGGAUAUUUUUUUUUUUAUAGCUGCAGUAAGGGAAGAUGAAAAACAGAAAAGCAUUUAUCAUGUGGUUAAAAUCUGUUUUAUACCCGUCUGCACAGUUUUAUUUAUAUAUCAAUUUGGAAGAUAAAUAUAAUCUGCUAUUUUGGACUUGAUACAUAAUUUUACAGAGGAACACAUUUAUUCUAUUGCAUGCUAGGGGCAUUUCCUAGCAAUAUCAAGUUUAAUAUCUCUGUUUACAUAGGAUUGGCUAAACAGCUUUGUAGAAAGCUAGUGUUGGGCAAACAAAUCAUACUUUUAAAGGAUUCUUUCCCCCUUGUAGGUUAAAUUCUCUAUUGGAAUUUCUACUGCAAUCUACAGAGUUGUUGACUCUGUCACUUCUUUUGGUACUUGAGACUUGACUUGAACGAACUGACUUGAGACUUUAUGAAAAUGACUUGACAACAAUAAAAAUUCAAACGCUAACCGGUAUUACGGCUCGUGUUUCACCCUCACUCUGCACGUCCUUUCGCUUCUCUCUCUCUCCCUCUGGUGCUGUGUGUGUUUGUGUCUGCCUGGUCCUGGUCAGCGCUGCCAGAUUUAUUUUUGCAACGCCCCGCCAAAUAUUGGAAGUAACCGAUUUUUUUUUUUUUAACCUGUACUU